ACCCCUGGCCUGUCCGCGGUCCCUCUCUCUCUCUCUCCCACCCGCACCUGCCCCCAGCCUGCAAGCUCCCCGGGCCCGCAGGUGCGGGCAACAGCGGGAUUCCACGCCCCGCAGAGGCCCACCAGCUUUGGGGAGGAGAAGGGGAGACACAGUGCAGGGCCGCUCCCAGGCCGAUGUCCCAGUCUGUGCCAUCUUAGUCAAGAAACAUGGAGGUAAUUCACGGCAGGCCCUAUUGUUGCAGAGAGCUUGAAGGAGCUGACAUACUGUCCAAUACCUUCUACUCUAAUGAAUUGCACACUCCGCUACAAACAACUGUUCGUCCAACUGCCUCAGAGGACAGGUAUCAGGAAUUAAGGGAGUCACACCAACAAUGUAGACAUCGAUGGGGUGCUGAUAGGGAAUAUGGUGGGAUAAUGCCCAUUUCACUCCCUGAGGAACACAGGCGAAAAUGUAGAUCUCCUCGUGUCAUGGGCAAAGGACAUCAGCAUUAUGGAUUUGGUGGAGAAACCUGGCCGAGAAAACUUCCUAUUGAACAAUUCUAUUAUUUGACGCAGAAUAAAAAAAGUGACAUCUAUGGAAAUGAUUCUUUGAUACCCAAACCACCUAAUUCAACAGUAGGAGAAAUCUGUUCCUCAUAUCCGAUUGAACAUCCAUACCACACACACAUCUCCCGCGGUGCCAUGUUCCCGACGUUUACAUCACCGAAGGAUCUCUACACAGGCAUUAAAGGCCGAAGCCAACAGCCAUUUCCUCCCACUGUGCCAAUGAAGGCUUAUGGUACAACGAUUUUGAAAACAAGAGGUAAUCCUUACAGAUAUGAACUGCUUGAUCUUCCAAUGGAUUCAAAAAAGAAAGGCUUGACUUGGCCAGGACAGGGUGUAUACUAUGAUUUUCCUAAAUGCGUUGAGAAAAACAAGCCUAUAUUCUACCCAAAACCUCCUAAAACCUUCGCUCCUAACACUACUUUAAAUUCGUGGGACCCUAUUAGCUCUCUAAGAGAAGCCAACAUACAAAGAAAUCUUGAGAGGUCCCAUUGGAUCACUUCGUACACUCAUGAUUUUACAGGUCUGGGGCCCAUGAACCCCCUUGAACUGGAUGAUUACCAUGAAAAGGAGGUAGCAGAGUUAACUGGACAGAUAGGAUUUGACCCAGAGCCUCAAGAAAAAUUCCAUCCUGUUUUAAAACCUCCAAGGCCCUUGGAAGGACGAAUUGCUCGACUGAUUCAGAACCGACGUCCUCUAGAGGCUACUGUCCAGCAAAAACCACCUUCCUGUCCAGAUUGUACCCCUAGAGUUUUGUGUACUUUCCAUACCUUUAUACCCAGUUCUACAGAAAUGAUGGCACUUCGUGAUAACACACUGCCGGGAGCCACCCAUAAAAAACAGGAAAUUGAAGACAAGAUUAAGCAAGAACAACUGCUAUCUGCCUAUGCAUCCCCACCUAGUUGCCCAACAAAAGAUCUGGCUAACAUUUGUGACAUAAAAACAUUUCCAAAAAUCACAGAUACUAAAAAGAUAGAAGAUUUGUACUGGAGACAGCUGGCAUUAAAACCCCAACAUAUACCUUACUGUAACCCAAACCAUUAUAUUCCAUAUGAGCGGUUUAAAUCUGUCAUACGUGACCAGUGUAGUAUGUGUCAAAACUCUGUUAGCCUUAAUAAGCCUAGUAUUUUAGAAAGUAAACCAGACUUGGAAGCUUUAGAUUUAGAACAUUUUUUAAGUAAGCGAGAAGAACAGUUGUCCUUGGACAUAGAAAACGAUGAAGAAACAAGACCUAUUCUGGGUUGGAUUCCUAGAGCUGGAGUGGCCAAGCCUCAGACUGACCUGCUGGAGCUUAAGAAUAAUUUUUCAAAAACUGGUGCACAAAAACGUUUCCAUAAAUCAAUUCUACAAGACCAUAAAGAUCUCAGGGAUAAGGAGCAUUCAGGGAUGAAACACCAAUUCUAUGGCCAUAAUUCCUAUUAUUUCUACAAUUGAGAUAUUCAUCCCUUCCUUUGAAACCCAGCUGCUUGCAAGGAAAGUAAAACUAUAACAGUUCUUCAUGUUGUUGGAUUCUGUUUUCUAGAAGAGCCAUAAUGAUCUUGCUAAUGAAGUUUAUGUUUUCAGGAAUUUAAGUUAGGAUCUGGUCAGAGGAACCCAGAAAAGGAGGUGUUCUUAAUUCUUGAAAAGUUUAACAAUUUCAAUAAAAUAUUAGAAUGAGAAAAA